AUGGGUUUAGAUCGAUCUGAAGAAAAAAGAACUCAAGAAAGUGAAACUUUGUGUUUGGGUAGUCAUGUCUUUUCAAAGUCCAAGAAGGUUACCAUUGAAGCUGGUUUAAUUCAUGCUAGAGUCAGUUUGCUUCAUACUUCAGACCUAGAGAUGAAAAAAGUGGCUAUUAAAACAAUCAUAGCUGUUUCUAAAAUGUGCAAUAAUGACCAAUUGAGGAGCCUGGCGAAUGACUGUAGGAAACCUCUGCUCAAGCUUCUUGGAUGCAAGGAUCCAGAUAUAGUUGCUAUGUGUCUAGAGAUGCUGCAGUUUUUUGACGGCGAAUUUGGGUUCAUUGGGAGAGAUUAUGGUGUGGCACAACAACUUAUAGAUCUGCUGGCUCACAAGAAUCCUUCUAUUUGUAAGAGUGCUCGUUCUCUACUUACUUCAUUGGGGUACACAAUCAGGGAUGAUUCAGAUGAUGAAUUAUUGGACCCAUGA